ACAGGAACGGUUGUCCAUUUAAUUGCUAGCAAUAAACUUUCGGCACCCAACCAAUCCUAUUUACGUUCCCCCCCACCACUCCAAUUCAAUGCCUCCAACAAUGAAAAACCUUCUUUUCGCCAAACAAUUAGGUGAUCUAACAGCACUUAGAGGCUUGCAAAUUUGAAGCCUGUGAUAUAAAUUUGAAUGUCGUUGAUGCUACGGUGAUCUCUAGUCAGGCCCCAACGCUAUGGACGGCAUUUAAUGGAAGCUCAAACUGCAAAAGGAGUCCAGCUGAAAGGAAGAAAGCAUGCAACUGAUGCUCAAGAAGUGAGAAAGGUGGUAGCUGGUGAGAAGCAAGGACACAGUCUGUCCUAUUAAAUGCCCUUCUGCAAAUCCACCUCCUUGCUAUAAAUUUUCACCUCCUACGGUUUCCUCUCUCAUCCUAUCUUUUAUCUUUUAUCUUCUAUCUUCUAUCUUCUUCAUUGCUCCGCCCCUUCUUUUCAACACUGUUGAUCCGUGAGCAAUGGAUGUGGCGACGGUGGUGUUGGUGAUCGCCUGCGUGGGAGCGUACGUGGCCUGGUUCUCGCGGCUGGCAUCAGGGCUCAAGGGGCCGCGGGUGUGGCCGGUGGUGGGCAGCCUGCCCGGGCUCAUCCAGCACUCAGAGCGGAUGCACGAGUGGAUCGCCGACAACCUCAGAGACACCGGCGGCACGUACCAGACCUGCAUUUGCGCGGUGCCGGGGCUGGCGCGGCGGCAGGGGUUGGUGACGGUGACUUGCGACCCGCUCAAUCUGGAGCACGUCCUGAAGACGCGGUUCGACAACUAUCCCAAGGGCCCGACGUGGCACGCCGUCUUCGUGGACCUCCUCGGCGACGGCAUUUUCAACUCCGACGGAGAUACGUGGUUGUUCCAGCGGAAGACGGCGGCGCUCGAGUUCACCACGCGGACGCUCCGCGCCGCCAUGUCGCGGUGGGUCUGCCGCUCCAUCCACCACCGCCUCCUCCCCAUUUUGGAAGAGGCCGCCGCCGCCGGGCCCGCCGGUGCCGUCGACCUCCAGGACCUGCUGCUCCGGCUCACCUUUGACAACAUCUGCGGGCUGGCCUUCGGCAGGGACCCCGAGACGCUCGCGCUGGGCCUGCCUGAGAACGCCUUCGCCACAGCCUUCGACCACGCCACCGAGGCAAGCCUGCACCGAUUCAUCUUCCCCGAACCAGUGUGGCGGUUCAAGAAGUGGCUGCAGGUGGGGAUGGAGGCGACGCUCACCGGCAGCGUGUCGCACGUCGAUCGCUACCUGUCGGCCAUCAUCAAGUCGCGGAAGCUCGAGUUGAGCGACGGGCGGCGAGACUACGACGACCUUCUCUCGCGGUUCAUGAAGAAAGGAGCGUACACCGACGCAUUCCUCCAGCACGUGGUGCUAAGCUUCAUCCUUGCCGGCCGCGACACCUCCUCUGUCGCCCUCAGCUGGUUCUUCUGGCUCGUGUCCACCCACCCAGCCGUGGAGCGCCGCAUCGUGCUCGAGCUCGCCGGCGUCCUCGCAAAUUCCCGCGGUCGCGACCCCGCCAUGUGGCUCGCGACGCCGCUAGCAUUCGAGGAGGUCGACCGGCUCGUCUAUCUCAAGGCAGCGCUGUCCGAGACGCUCCGGCUGUACCCCUCGGUGCCAGAGGAUUCCAAGUACGUGAUGGCCAACGACGUGCUCCCGGACGGGACGUUUGUGCCGGCGGGCUCUUCCAUUACCUACUCGAUCUACUCGGCGGGGCGUAUGAAGUCGGUGUGGGGGGAGGACUGCCUCGACUUCCGGCCGGAGCGGUGGCUCUCACCGGACGGAAAGCGGUUCGAGCCGCACGACUCGUUCAAAUUCGUAGCGUUCAACGCCGGGCCGCGCGUCUGCCUCGGGAAGGACCUGGCCUACCUGCAGAUGAAGUCCAUCGCCGCCGCAGUGCUGCUGAGGCAUCGCCUCACGGUCGCCCCCGGCCACCGCAUCGAGCAGAAGAUGUCGCUCACGUUGUUCAUGAAAAACGGGCUGAGGAUGAACGUGCAGGACCGCGACCUCAGCUCCAUCGCCACCGAGCUCAGCCCGUCUCAGCCGGAAGUGGUGGCGCCGGCUCCCGUAGCCGAGGUGGUGGUUGCAACUUGCUGAGCUACUUACCAUGAAAAGUAUUUGCAGCAAGGCCAAAUGUAUAUAGAUAGCAAAUCAACAGGUUUGGACUCAGUUGGAGCAAGAGGUCAAAGACUAAGUUAUAAUGAAUUCUUAUAACGAAUUCUUAGAAGGUAAAUUGUAUUACUGAUUAAGUUCUGGGUGCUAAAUAAAAGAUGAAGGGGAUUUUUACAAAGGGAUUAUAAAUUCAUAAUUCGUAGAAGACAUUGCAUAUGUUGUAGAUCGCAUCAGAGAAUAAA